AUGCCUCCUUCAGUUAGGUCACCAAUUGCAAAAAACCCCCUUAAGAAAAAGAAGAAUCUAAAAAGAUCCCCACCAACUACUCAGCAACCACCAUGUGCUCAAUCACUGCCAAAGCCACCAACACCAAUUAUGCAACCAUCAGUAAGGCCAUUACCUCCAACUACUCAUGUGCCCCCCACUGUGACACCUCAAACCAUGCAAAUUGCCCCUGAGGGAACUACUUCAAGGUUCAUGGACUUUACGCCAACUCCUGCAAUUAGAGGAUCAAGUUCAACUAGGUGGCCGCUGCCAAGCUUUCAUCCACCAGCAAGAAAAGUGUCAACCACUGCACAAUUGAAUGGAGGUUCAAGCGGAAAGAGCAAUUCUACUCCAAAUCCAUGA